AUGACGAGCGUGAAGUCAUUCACGCACGUCCUGCAAGAUGGCAUUGCGCCGACGGACAAUCUCUGGCACUAUCAUGUCCCCAACCUGCCGUCAUCUUCGAAGACAGAUCAUGCUCGUCUUAUCAAAGCAAUCACUCUCGUCUCGAAUGCGCACGAGCAGCUCAUCUCCUUGCACAUGGUCCCAGCGCCCUUCAACCGCGUCAUCAAAGAUGAUCCGCUCCACCAGUUCCUCUUGCUGAGUGUUGCCGAUUUUCGGCUCCAGAUUACAGCGAACACCAAGGAUGGCGAGACACAGCCUGCGCCAGCCCGAGAAAGUGCGGAAUAUGUCGCCAGGUUGUUGAAGACUGGUGUCGUCCUGAAUGGCCUUGCGUACCACUUCUUCGGUCACAGCAAUAGCCAGCUGAAAUCGCGGUCGUGCUUUCUGUUCGCAGCAUCCAAGGAAGUGAUAAAAGAAAAGGUGGAAGCACUGGCGGACUUCUCCAACAUGCAAUCUGUCGGCAAAAAGGCGAAGCGUCUAGGCUUGCUGUUCUCGAGCGCCGAGCACGCUUUAGAGCUGCAGCCGGAACGCUGCACUGACAUUGAUGAUGUCAAGUUGGGUGACUAUGUGUUCACAGAUGGAUGCGGCCUGAUUGCAGUACGACUGGCGAAACAGGUUGCGCAGCGCAAACGCAUUGUCUACAGGAACAAAAGGUACUUACCCUCGGUGUUGCAGAUACGUUAUCGGGGCUACAAAGGAGUCCUGAUGAUUGACCCGACAUUGACUGGCCAAACUCAAGUCUUGUUCCGAAAGUCAAUGAAGAAGCUCAAAGAUGUCAAAGACCUCUCAUUUUCCGUGGUCGAGCAUUCCAAGCCAUACACUUUCGGUUUCUUGAACGAUGAGAUUGUCGUCCUUCUCAACGCCCUCGGCGUGUCAACUGACACCAUACUCAGCAAGCAGACGGAAUACUUGCAAUUCCUGGACGAAGCAUACAAUGGAGAGCCCAGAGCCGCAUUUCGGUUCUUGUCAUAUCAGAACGAGCUAGAUCUGGCGGAGAAGUUACUCAUUGAAGGCGUCCACAGUGUGCGCAAGUCUCUUCGGAGCCUCGUCAAGACAGAGUACAGUCGAAUGCUCAACAAGUAUGAAGAGCAGCGUUGUCGCAUCAUGCUCACCCAGUCAAGACUGCUUUUUGGCGUAUGCGACCCCACCGGCAGAGACGGCGGUAUGAGUAGACUUCCUCCAGGAACAUGCUUCGUCCGAAUAACUCUGGACGGAGAUGGAGAACCCAGAACCUUGAUCAACACAGAGGUUCUGGUCACCCGUAACCCUUGUCUCCAUCCUGGUGACCUGCAAAAGUUCCGAGCUGUUGAUGUUCCCGAGUUCUCGCACUUGGUCGAUUGCAUAGUGUUCCCAAUCCGUGGGAGCAGGCCCAGCGCUGACCUGAUGUCGGGCGGAGAUCUCGAUGGAGAUAAAUUUUUCGUUACGUGGGAUCCGGAUAUCAUUCCAAAAAAGAUCGCGGAGGCCGCGAUGUACCCUGGCGUCAAAGAACGACAUCACUUUGGUGAGAUCACCGGUGACGAUAGAGCAGAAUACUUCGCUCGAUACCGAAGCACGUCUCUUGGGAAGAUCAAGAACCUCUACCUGAAAUGGGCUCGUUUGAAAGGCGCUAUGAGUCCAGAAUGCCAGCAACUCAAUCGUCUCUUCUCCCAAUGCGUGGACGGCAAUCAUGUGAAGGUCCCAGCGGCUUUCGAGGAUCCUCCCGAGACUCCCCCGGAUGCUUUGCCAUUCAUCUUAGACGUCUUGCAUGACGCCGCGACCGCUACAAUCACCAGGAACACCCAUCGCGUUUUCGAUAACGAAUCUAGUCCUACUGAUAUACUGGAUUUGAUCUCGUGCAGAGACUCAAUCGCAAUUUCAGAAUUCGAGCUGAUUCAAUUUGUACUAAGAAGCUGUACAAAGACUGGAGAGGACUUUGCCAGCUUUGCAGACCUAUUUAAUUAUGCUGCUCUGGAUGAUGAACAGAAGGCUUGGGUCAUUGGCCAAUUACCUCCGUCACGUCACAUGCCGUGUCUGAUCAAGAAUGGCCUCGUCCAGUCAGAUUUGAUCCUUCUCUCGGAGAUGCGCAAGUUUGAGCUUCAUCAUGCCGGUCUCCACUGGCAGCCGGUAUUUCUGUCAAGUGUCGACCGAAUGGCUCGGUUCCUGCCUAGUGUGUGCCGUGCACUGGACGUCUUCCACAAGAAAUUGGUAAUCCUGAGAGCCGAUGAACGUCUCACGCUCAUGAUCUAUGUGCCGCAGAAAAUAGCUCGAGCGUCAGAGGUCCAAGUCGAUGCUUCAGUGAGGGUCUUUGCGAUCCCACGAUCGUCAGACACUGGAAUGACACCAUAUAAAGUCAUGCCUACUAAGGUCAACUACAGACUCUACUGCGACGACACAGUGUUUCAACUGUACGAGACAAAGCGUGCAAACACUUUCGUCUUCUUGACUAAAGGCCCUGUUGACACUUCAUCCUACCGUGACACGAACACGAUGGGGGAAAGGAGGCGGCAGAAGCAAAAGACGCUCGAUGAAGGCUUAAACUUUGACUGUAGAGCAAGUGUUGCUUUGCAGAAGAUCAGCGCGCAGGUGCAGAAGCAUGUAGGCAGAAUGAACAGAGCUGGUAUACUCGCAGCGGAAAUCUAUGUCAUCAGUAAUCGAGACGUCCAAUCCAUGCGGUACCUUGAUCGGUGGCUGCACUUCAUCGACACGGAAGAGAAGCUCCCCAACUUUGAGCCCGUUUCACAGGAGUACCGGAUCCCAACCAUGAGUGACAGCGAACGCAGUAAAAUCCCGGAAAAGAUUGCUCGAAUUGUCUGGGAUCACGAUUUCCAGGCAGUCGAGCAGCUUACGACUGCUGGCGAGAUCACCCACACCUUACAGCUACUGCACAACACAGCACAGCUGAGUGUACUGCAAUUAAUCUACACCCGACUGAUCGAAUCCGUCACAAGAAAGAAUGAAACAACGCAACUAUGCACGCUCCGCUCUCUUCUCGAAUUUCUCCCCACUGCUGCUUUCCUCGCCCAGUCGCUCUUGGACUCUCAACUCUGGAAGCUUCACUGUCAAUCACUUGCAGAAGAAUCCAGCGUAAUCUUCCUCGCCAUUCUACCAGAAUUCGCCCUUCUCUCGCAUCAGAUAUCCGCAUUCGUGAAGAAACCAUUCCAAACCGUCCUUCGCAACAUCAAACAAAUCUCCGUACAACAACUUGUAGAUCUGUGCGAGAUCAUCGCGCUGACUAUGCCCGACGUGGAGCUCGCCCUGGAUUUUUUGCUCGAGUGUCUGGAACCUGAGAUUUCACGUAUACUGGUAGGGAGACCACUGGAGAUAUCCCAAUGCAUCAAGCAGCUCAUCGGGAUCGCAAUUGAACAUAUCGAGGAAGCAAAUAGCAACAGGAAAUUUCUGGGUCAAACUCUUCGAUUGGUGCAUGACAGAAAUUCCGACGGGUUCACGGUCGUCAAGACUCUUGUUCGCAUCGACUCGCCGAGCACAGCUUUGAAGACUGGCGAUCAUAUUCAAUUAGUGGUGACUGAAUCUCCGUCCAAUGCUCCGCUCAAGCAGCCGUAUACUAUGGAUGCUGUGGUCCUGCACACAGAACAAGGCUCGGCGAGACUUCGAUGCAUACAUCGCCCUCCUUCGUAUGUACAAGACUGUGCCUGGAAGUAUCGAAACUGCGGAUCUUUCGUCACGAGUAAAGCGAUGUUUGACGCCGUCGCGAGAUUCUAUGGAAGCAAGGAAGUAUGCUGUCCAUUGUACAAAUUACUCGUUGGCUUCCCUCCGUCAGUCAAGAAACAAGACGUGAACGAGGGUAGUAAAAUCAUCGGAACAAUGCAUCCACUGCUCAACAACAGUCAAAAUAAAGCACUGCAAGCCGCAAUGCAGCAUCGCCUGCUCUUUCUCUGGGGCCCUCCAGGAACUGGGAAGACUCACACAAUCGCAAUCAUUCUCCAAAACCUGCUUGUCAAAUUUCCCGCGUCAAGAAUUUUAGCCACGGCCCCGACACAUAAUGCCGUGGACAACAUGCUACAAAAAUUUAUCGAGAAGAGUUCGAAAGCUCUUGCCUACAAACCUCUCCGAGUAGCCACAGAUCUCAGCAAAGUCUCCUCAUCUCUACACGCCUUCACAUGCGACGCCUUCGUAGGCCAAGAUCUCACAGACUCGCACAGCGGACGACGAAAAGCUCAGGAACGAGUCACGCAAAGCCGUCUCAUCUUCACGACAUGUAUCGGCGCAGGGCUCGGUUUGCUGCGGAGCGAGGACUUCGACAUCGUGCUCGUAGACGAAGCCUCGCAGCAAACUGAGGCAGAAACACUCGUGCCUUUGACGAAAGGUUGUCGAAGAGCGAUACUCGUCGGCGACCAUGUCCAGCUUCGCGCGACGGUUCAGAAACAUUCCGUCCUGUCGGGGUUUGAUGUUUCGUUGUUUGAGAGACAUUACACCGCUUCUUCUUCCUCUUCCUCUUCUUCUUCUGCGAAAGUCAUGCUGGAUACGCAGUAUAGAAUGCAUCCGGACAUCUGUAAAUUCAGUUCCCAAGAAUUUUAUUUCGGACGUUUGUAUUCGGAUCGAGCGAUGGGUGGUUCGAUCAGGCUUCCGAGCUCUGCUUUUCCCUGGCCAGGAGAAAGUCGGAAGGUUUUCGUGCAGUGUUCUACGUCGGAAGACCUGGGACAUCAGUCGAAAUCGAAUGAGGGGCAGAUUGCACUCUGUCGGGAAAUUUGCAGGCUUCUUCUCACGAGGGACUCGCACGCGAUGAAAGAUGACACGAGUAUUGCGAUUCUCACGCCUUACUCUCGGCAGCGAUUGAGAUUGUCAAGCGAGCUUCCCGGAGAGUUGAUCGUCUCAAGCAUUGAUGGGUUUCAGGGUCGUGAGGCGGAUAUCGUUGUCUUUGUAACGGUGCGUUGCAAUGUACAUUACGAGAUCGGCUUCCUUAAGGACUUGCGUCGACUCAACGUCGCCGUGACUAGAGCGAGAGCUGGGAUUAUUAUUAUAGGUGAUCGGCAGACGUUGACGGGUCGUCUCGAGGAUGAUGCUGAUGCGGAUAUCAAACUCACUUGGAGGCGGCUGUUGGAUCAAUGCGUCCAAGUCUUGGUUGACGUUGAUGGAUAG